AUGGAAGUUUCGCCGGCGAUGAUAGAAGUCGGUGACCAAGGUCUUCCGGCAGAAGACGUGGACAAAGACGACGAUGAAGACGUGUGCCGAAUUUGCCGAUCACCGGAGGAACCAGGAAACCCGUUAAGGCAUCCGUGUGCGUGUCGAGGAUCCAUCAAGUAUGUACACCAGGAUUGUCUUCGUCUUUGGCUGAAUCGUCGCGGGUACAAGAAAUGCGAGGUAUGUGGGCGUAGCUACUCGAUUGUUCCGGUUUACUCUGAGGAUGCCCCGGAGAGGCUUCCAUGUAACGAGUUUCUAAUCGGAGUGUUAUUGAGAGUAGCACGUUUCAUGAAGCUCAUGUUUCCUUGGAUUGUGGUGAUUCUCUUCAACUCAUACUGCAAUUCCUUACAUCCUUGGGGCCAAGAAAUUGUCGCUGAGUUCCAGAGAGGUUUUUGGAUUUUCCGGAAGUUUGCUUCUUUGUGGGCUGGCCUGAGUUACAGCUGUUUGAUCUGGUGUUUCAUGGCCGUCAUCACUAUUAUAAGGAUGAUAUUCGGAGAUCUCAAUGUCAGGAGAAAUGCUGACGCUGAGAAUUUUAUUAGGAAUGGUGUAGAACAAGGAGCUGUGCAGGUCUUAUGGAAGUACAUGAAGAUCCUCUGUGAUUGGUAUUUUCACAUACUCAUUCAUUUCUUGGGGCCACCUAAUCGACUAAUACUUGUUCCUCCAAACGCGCCACUUGAUGAAUUUGGGGUUAUCAGGAGGCUGCUUUUCUUUCUUCAUGACGAUGCCUUUGCUGCCCUUGUCUUCAGUGCAUUUGCGUCUAUCCUCUUUGUUCUUCUCCCUAAUUGGAUUGGACAGAUUGUAUUAGCAGCUGUUGGAGGAUCCGGAAACUCCACUGUUAUUUGUGGAUACAUGAUGAUGCUGUUAAUACCCUUUGCUUACUUCACUCUCCGUCAUGACUCAUUUCCUGCCAUAGUCCGGUGGUUCUUGCUGAGAUUUUACUCCAUAACAGUGGAAUUGCCAGUUUUCUUGUGGGAUAUAUCAGUAAAAGCCUGCAAAAACAUUCAUGUCAUGAAGGAUGUUUUCGUCUUGUCUUUGAAAAUCGGUGUUCUGCCUUGGAUGAUUGGCUGUUGGCUCGAAAUCUGCACCUCCCCCAUGUUUGGAACCACAAUUUCGCAGAGAUUUGAGAUUCUUUCACUCCUCCCAUUCCUGAAUCCCUUAUAUUGGCUGGCAGGAUUAUGUUGCUUGAUUGUUGCUGACUCUUACAGAGAACUUAUCCAGGAGUUGAAUGAUUUCUUGCUGGUAGUGCCCCGAGGAGACCGUGCUGAUCAGAAUGUGAGACCAGUUAUGCAACCACGGUUCAUACUGUACUCCUUAGCUGAAGGCUCUAUGGUCAUUUUGCAUGGAUCUCAGAGUGCUGAAGACGAUAUUAAGUCUCAAGACCAAAGACAUAACAAAUUGUUUCAGCUGAGGAUUGCAUUGAUGUUGGUGCUAGCUGCUUUGAGUAUGUUCCUCUUUAGCACAGCCUUCAUGGCUUUGCCACUUUUGGCAGGGAGAGUCUUCUUUGACUCUAUCUCUUUCAUCACGACAAGAAUUGGAGUCGGACGUGACGGUGUGUUGUUCUUUUCUUCUUCAUCUUGUCUUCUUAUAGAGCUUUACUUCCUCUUCUUUUACAUGCUUCUAACUAAGUCUUUCUUUUCAAAUCUCGUGAUUGUAGAUGUUUUUGCUUUUUGGAUUGGAUGUCACAUCCUGCAAGCAAUCAAUCUCAGCACUUGCUUUGUAUUUGAUCAAAUUCAGAAGGGAAGAACCGGUUUGCUUCUCAAAUAUGUCUUCAUACAGAUUCGAAAUGGAUUGUUUUUCUCCAUCUGGAUCUCUGUCAUACCGGGAUUGCUCGCUCUACUCAUCCACCUUAUGAUCAUCAUCCCAUUAGUAGUGCCGCUAGAUGAAUCACCGGUCGACUUCCCGGUUCAAGAUUGGUUGAUCGGAGUAGUGGUGCUUCACAUCUGGACCUUUCUGACAAUGCUCACGCCUAUUAACUGGUUCGCGACGGAGGCUUGGCGAAGGAAGCUUGAGAGAAUCAGAGACGUGGGAAUCAAUAACCUUCCUUCAAUGUGGCUGCUUCGAGAUGUGAUUGGUUCCCUCACAAACACACUUGCAACCACAGUCGCCAUCCCUUACCUGCUCGUGAAGACUCUGUUCCCGUUGCUUGGGUUUUCCCAAAGCAUUAAUUCAGCUGCAGAGCGGUUUAUCUGGCCGGCGUUAUUAGCUUUGAUCACGGUGUGCUUUAUGGCCAAGCUAACACGUGAUUUUAUUAUCUACCUUCACCAGCUGGUCUUCAAUGAACGGUACUUGGUGGGUGAAAGAGUUGACAAUUUGACUGAAGAUCUAGAGUCGGGGAAAGACCAACAUGAACUUUUGUUGAUAGGCAAGUAA